AUGACUGAUAAUAUUAAUACGGCGACAGCUGCAUCAACACAUACCAAAGAAACUUCUAUUCCGAUACUUUCUGAUAAUCGAAAGCCUUGUGCUUUAGACUGGGCUGAAUCAUCUUGGAUACGAUGGAUUUAUGUUAUACUUUGGUCAUGGUUAAAUCCAAUUUUGAAUAUUGGUUAUAAACGUGAAUUAACUAUUGAUGAUCUAUAUGAUGUAUCAUCAAAUGAUGAAUGUGGACUAUUUUUAAAGAAACUUGAGACAGCGUUGGAAAAACAUGAAUCUAUGGGUACAUUCAAGAUAAUUGUAAAAGUAUUUUCAAAAGAAUGCUUCUUAGUUGGUCUGAUUCUAUUUCCAUACAUUGCCGUUAAAAUAGCUCAACCAUUACUCUUAAAACAAAUUGUUCUUACUAUUCAUGAUUCUAAUAUAGCUUCAUAUGAAGGUUAUUUAUAUGCUAUUGGAUUAGGAGUUGCGACUGUUUUACAAGCAUGCAUUCAUCAUCAAUAUUUUUUUCGUUCAACACGACUUGGAAUGCAUGUACGUAUUGCAUUUACAUCUUUUAUUUAUAAAAGAUUAUUAUCAUUACCAACAAGUUCAACUAUGAAAACAACAACUGGUCAUCUAGUAAAUUUAAUAUCUAAUGAUUUAAGUAAAUUAGCAAAUUUAAGUGCAUAUAUUCAUCAGUUGUGGGCAGCACCUUUCGAAGCUAUCAUUGUCUUUGUCUUAAUUUGGAAACAAAUUGGUAUUCCAACUAUAUUUGGUUAUGGUGUAUUGUUACUCUUAGUACCAUUGCAACUAUUUUUUAGUAAACAAUUUGGAACAUAUAGAAACAAUACCAUAGAAUGGUCUGAUAAACGUGUAAAAACUAUCAAUGAAAUACUAGUUGGUUGUCAAAUUGUUAAAAUGUAUAGAUGGGAAGAAGCGUUGGAAGCUAUUGUUUAUGAUGCAAGAAAAAAUGAAUUGAAUAGUAUUCAAAAAGCAAGUCGAAUUCGAGCAAUUAAUAUGGGCAUUUCGUUUGCAUCAUUAUCAAUAAUUUCAUUAGCUACAUUUGGUGGAAGUUGGUUAAUGGGUCAAGUGUUAUCUUCGACAGAUAUAUUCAUGAUUUUAUCAUUGUUUAGUAACUUACGAUAUCCAUUAACAAUUGCCUUACCAUAUACUAUCGAGGUUUUAAGUGAAAGUAGAAUCGCUUCGAAACGUAUUAAUUCUUUUAUGAAUUUAUCUAAACAGACUGUUCGUACUAAGACAUUACAUGAGUGUUCUAGCGGUAAUGUUAACCCUAUAUUAGGCAGUAUAGUCAUAGAUAGAGCAUCGUUCACAUGGGGUUCAACUCAUACGAUUGAAUUAAAAGAUAUUGAUUUAAAUGUGAAUCCUGGCUCGUUAGUUGGAAUCAUAGGAACAACGGGCUCCUGUAAAUCAUCUCUUUUCGCUGCUAUACUUGGUGAAAUGUCUCUUAUUGAAGGUACGAGUAAGGUAUAUGGUAAAAUUGCAUAUGUAUCUCAAACAGGAUGGAUAUUUGCUGGUACAAUACGUGAAAAUAUCGUGUUUUGUAAACCUUUUGAUAAAGAAAAAUAUGAACGUGUAUUAAGAUCAUGUCGUUUAUUUGCUGAUUUACGAUCAUUUUCAGCAGGUGAUGCAACAGUACUCAGCGAAAAAGGAGUUAAUUUAAGUGGAGGACAAAAAGCUCGUAUAUCACUUGCUCGAGCUUUAUAUACUGAAGCUGAUAUUUAUUUAUUUGAUGAUCCAUUAGCAGCAGUUGAUUCGUCUGUGGCUAGAAAGAUUUUCGAACAAUGUAUUAGUAAUAAUGGUAUUUUAAAAAAUAAAACUCGAUUACUCGUUACACAUCAACUACAAUUUUUACCCGAAUUUGAUUAUUGUGUUUUAUUAGAUCAUGGUAAAAUAGAAAAACAAGGAUCGUUUAAUGAAUUAUUAUCAAUAGAUAGAAUAAAAACAGCCUAUGAAAAACAAGAAUAUAAUACAAAUAUUACAACUGAAACUAAUAGACGACGUGAUAGUGAUGUUUAUGAUUGUGAUGUUACUGAUCAAUCGGAGACUAUUGAUGAAUUUAGUAUUGUUAAAAAUGAAAUAUCUGUUCAUGGAGCAGUUAAUAUUAAUAUUUGGUUGAAACUAUUCACAUCUGAUUAUGGUUGGAUCGGAUUGAUAGUAUUGAUAUUUGUAAUGUUUUUAGGUGAAGUUGCUUCUAAUGCUGCGAAUGUAUGGUUAAGUUUAUGGUCGUCAAAAUCAGAAAUCGAACAACGUAAAGCAAAUUAUUCAUAUAUAUACUUGGGAUUAGUUAUAAGUACAUGGAUAAUUGCCAUGAUUCGUGCUGAUUUUUUCUUACGCUUAAUUUUAUGUGGUGCAUCUGCAUUACAUAAUACGAUGUUUAAAGGUAUUCUAUAUAGUUCAUUGAGAUUUUAUGAAAGUAAUCCAGUUGGUCGUAUAUUAAAUAGAUUUGGAAAAGAUCAACAUGUUAUUGAUGAAUUAUUACCAACAACAUUUUUUGAUACUGUUCAAUCAUCAUUGAUGGUAUUAGGUUGUAUUGUUAUUGUGGGUAUGUCAAUUCCAUGGGUAUUAUUAAUAUUAAUACCUACGAUUCCACUUUUUCUAUGGUUAAGAAGAUAUUAUUUAAAAUCAAGUAGAAAUCUUAAACGAUUAGAAAGUACAACUACAAGUUCUGUUUAUGCAUUAUUUUCUUCAUCAUUAAAUGGAUUAAUGACUAUUAGAGCAUUUAAUAUGGAGAAUCAUUUUGUAGAUCUAUUUAUUGAUAAAGUUAAUACUCAUACACGUGCAUCUUUUAUAUUUAUUUGUUCUGGAAAAUGGCUUGGUUUAAGAUUAGAUUUGAUGACAUGUUGUUUUACAUUUAUAACCGGAAUUUUAUCUAUUACAUUACGUAAUAGUUUAGAUGCGUCAUCGGUUGCAUUAGGUCUUUCAUAUUGUAUAAGUUUAACUAGUCUCUUUCAAUGGACAGUACGUCAAUCGGCUGAUACUGAAAAUUAUAUGACUAGUGCUGAAAGAAUCGAUGAAUAUUCUCAUAUUCCUUCUGAAUCAGAUUUUUACAAAGGAGAAUCUAAACCACCACCUAAUUGGCCAAUUGAAGGAAGAAUUGAAUUUAAAAAUUACAAAUUAAGCUAUCGUUCAGAACUUGAACCUGCAUUGAAAACAAUAAAUUUAGAAAUUGCUCCAAGGAAUAAAAUUGGUAUCAUCGGACGUACAGGUGCUGGUAAAUCAUCGAUUUUUCAAGCGUUAUUUCGAUUAACUGAUAAAUCAACAACCAGUGGUCAAAUUUUAAUUGAUGGAAUUGAUAUUAAUACACUUAGUCUGAACGAUUUACGAUCAGUUUUAAAUAUUAUUCCACAAUCUCCAGUAUUAUUCAGUAAUACACUUCGAUAUAAUUUAGAUCCAUUCAAACAUUGUACUGAUGAACAAAUAUGGGAUGCAUUAGAAUCUGUUCAAUUGAAAUCAACAAUUGACAAAUUGCAAGAUAAAUUAAAUACACAAGUCGCAGAAUACGGAAGUAAUUUUAGUGUAGGUGAAUGUCAAUUAAUAUGUGUAGCAAGAGCAAUUCUAAAAAAACAAUGUAAAAUUUUACUAAUCGAUGAAGGAACAGCACAUGUUGAUACAAAAACGGAUGAAAUAAUUCAAAAAAUUUUGCAUGAAAAAUUUAUCAAUCAAACUGUGAUAAUAAUUGCACAUCGUCUGAAUACAAUAAUGAAUAGUGAUAAAAUUGUUGUUAUGAAUGAUGGUCUUAUUACAGAAUACGACACAUCAGAAGAAGUGUUUACUGAACAAAACGAACUGCUUACUUAUAUGAACAAUGAAAGUGUUCUAUAG